AUGUCCCGACAGCGACCUCCCUGGAUGGUCUCCUGCCCUGUCAUCUGCACGCCCCGCGGCCUGCAGAGUUCUGCGCUGGUCCUCUGCUCCUCCGCUGCCUCCUGUGUCCUCGCCCAGCUGCGGCACCUGCAGGCCGAAGGCCCAGGAGGCUCUGACCCACAAGCCCCAGCUCUUCGGCAAGGACUUGCUGGGGGAACCAGGCCACGCGCGGGGCCCCUCUGGGCGCUGGGCGGUGCCGUGCUGGGGGUUUGCCUCGCGGGGGUCGCCGGGCAGCUGGUGGAGCCCAGCACGGCCCCGCCGAAGCCCAAGCCGCCCCCGCUGACCAAGGAGACAGUGGUGUUCUGGGACAUGCGCCUGUGGCACGUGGUGGGCAUCUUCUCGCUCUUCGUGCUGUCCAUCAUUAUUACCCUGUGCUGCGUCUUCAACUGCCGCGUGCCUCGGACCCGGAAGGAGAUCGAAGCCCGGUACCUGCAGCGGAAGGCCGCCAAGAUGUACACGGACAAGCUGGAGACGGUGCCGCCCCUCAACGAGCUCACGGAGAUUCCCGGGGAGGAGAAGAAGAAGAAGAAAAAGAAGGACAGCGUGGACACGGUGGCCAUCAAGGUAGAGGAGGACGAGAAGAAUGAGGCCAGAAAGAAAGGAGAGAAAUGAGGGGUGCGUCCUGGAGGAGGUGGCGGCUGGACAGCGCUGUGGCUCACGGGUACGCCACAGACGGGUCUGAAGGGGAAACUGAGGCCAUGGUUGGGGCAGGGACAGGACUACACCAGGCACCCACCCCAGCCUGGACUCCGCGCCUUCCGUACCACCCACGUGGCGCCUCCCCAGCAGAGGUGGCCGUGGACAGCUGCCCCACUGCAGAUACGGGGGGCCCACGUGACUCCCCCCACCAGAUGUGUCUCUCCCACCCUUUCUGCAGGGAAUGCAGCGGCUCUGAGAGUGGCAGGGGUGGGGUCCUUUCUGGAAAGGGAUGACUAAACUCAUGCAAUGGGAUGUGAGGUUGGGCAGGUCACGAGGAGGGACACAGGGCCAUGGGGGUUGGGGGCAGCUGUGGCAGCAGAGGGCUCCCUAUCUUGGCCAGGUAGCAGCCCUAAAGGCCAGAAGACCACCCCAAGCCUAGCAGGGAUCCCAGGGGAGUGAACGGCUCCCAGGAGUAGGAGUGCUCCCAGCCUGGCAGGGACAAGCUCCAGGCAAAGGACUCUUGUUCCACUUGCUGUCAAGAUGAAGCCGAGGCUGCUGGGAGUUGAGCAGCAGGCCUGGGGGCUCAGGGCUGCAAAGGUGGGCUGAGGGUGCAGGGGCCAAGACCAGUGGGAGCUGGGGAAUCGGAGUGUCUGAGAAGCCCCUCUGUGCCCAGCUGUGGCGGGGCCGUCCCAGCUGGCAGCUUCCUCUCUGCCACUUCCCACUGGGGGCACCUAAAGGAUGCCUCUCUGAAGCGAGACUGGUCCGAACUCCACCCGGGGCUGGAUCCUUGGGUAGGGAAGGUGCACGGGGGCUCCUGGGUGGCACUGAGUGUCCAUGCUCAGACCUGGGCCGGAGACUAAGGGACACUGGGAGUUCUGAGCCAGGGCGCCUGCUGGACAAGCGACCUGCAGCCGUGUAAAUAAAGC